CCGAAAAUAUCCGAAACGCAAACUCUCGCUAAUCCAAUUAUAAUUUGGAGUAAAAUAAAAAAUAGAGGUGGCGCUAAAACUAACUGUCAUUGCGAUGUUGAUAAUUAAUAGACGUAAUUAAAAAAUGUCACAAUUAAAAUUAAAUUGCGGGUCAAUUAGUGACAGUAAUUAUCUUGAUCAAUCUGCAAUUGAAAGGAACAAUAAUUCUAGUGACAGUAAUUUAAUUACUGCAAUAAUAAAAUUUCGUAAAUUACAAAAUAAAAAUAAUGAAACCCAGCCACCGAAAUUGGUCACCGAUGAUCCCAAUCAUUUGGUAGCAAAUAACAAAUCCUAUGAAAUUUGUGGCAUUGAAUACGUCUGCCAUGGGUGUAAUAAACUAUUUAUAUCAGCAGGAAAGUAUAAUGAGCAUGUGCUGGUCAGUCAUGAAAAUAGAAAGUAUCUGAGACCUGAUGGAUUUAACGAGGAAUCCAAUAAGAAGUUUAAUUUGAAACGAAAAAUUUCCCUGGAGGAAAAACAAAUCUACAAGCACCCAUGUCCACAUUGUACACACACAAGUAAGACAAUGAGUGCUCUAAAAAUUCAUUUGGCCUCUCAUUCUGAUAUCCGCCCUCACCAAUGUCCACAUUGUAAUCGUGCUUGUAAGACUAAAUUCAAUUUGAGUCGUCACUUGCGUCUCCACUCUAGUUACCGGCCUCACAAAUGCCCUUAUUGCCCAUUUGACAGUACACGAUCCGACCAAUUAAAACGUCAUGUCCGUAGUCAUAUGGAUGAGAAAUCGUACGAGUGCGAUGUUUGUAAAAAAAAAAUUAAACGCUUACACAAUUUGAAAUCACACAAGACCACACAUCGAGCGAAUCUAUUUGCCAACCAAGCACACGAAUGUUCAAUUUGUGCUAAACAAUUUUCAGACAGGAGUAGUCUCAAGCUUCAUAAAAAAAUCCAUAGGAAAGGAAAUCGUUAUUAUUGUACUGAAUGUUCUUAUUCAGUAUCUAACGUAUCUACUUUAAGGAAUCAUUUUAAAAAAAAGGCGCAUUGGAAAACUUAAAUAGCAUUCAGUUCAUCACAAGAGUUACAGGCUUUAGAAGUCAUUUUUGAUACUUUUGUUGGUAUUUAAGAUUAUAAUUUAAUUCAUGUCAACAUGAAUUGAAUAUGUUGAUUAUUUUAAUAAUUUUAUAAUGAUUAUUGUAGCUGGUAAUAAA